UUUAAAAAAGGAAAAAUGGCCAUAUAAAAAGAGUACUAACAAAGAAAUUAUUACUCAUCUAUGUGGUAUAAAGGUUUUAAUUGGUUGUAUGACAUGAAUUAGGUGUUUCAGCUUUGAAUUUUGAACCUGAAUCCUACUUGCGGCAUAAGUUACAAUUUAUAUCACAUCAAAAACUAUUAAUUUGUUUCCCCAUGUGGGAAACAAAUAGGAGUUGAACUGAACCUGAGGCGUGUCUCAUGUGGUCAUUGUAUGGGGUUUUUACGUACACCGGAUUCAAAUCUCCUUGUUUCCCCAAUUCAUCCUCCUUUUCCCCCAAUUUCCUUUGUACAAAAAAGAAGAAAAAAAAAAAAAAAAAAAGGGAGUUGAACUUAUCAGGUUUGUAGAUCUUUUUAAAGAAAAAAAAAAUUAACAGGAGAAUUGAUGUUCUGAAAUUUUUUUGCCCAAAAAAUUACAGGAGCUAUUUCAGAUGUACGCACAAGCCUGAUCAGGGUUGCCAAGCAACGAAGCAGGUUCAGAAAAUUGAGGACGAUCCACCCAAAUACAGAAUCACAUACUACGGCCACCACACCUGCUCUAAUUUGCUGAAGAGCUCUCAGCUCAUGCUUGACUCCACCUCCCAGGAAGACUCCAUCUUGCUCAACUUCGAAACCGGUGCCUCCCCUGUUCCUACUUUUGCUGCUACUGCAGCCGUAAUUAAACCAGAAAGCCCCUUCAUCCCAUCGUUGUCAUCAGUAAAACGGGAAUACAAGGAUGAUGUGCAAAGCGAACACACCCACCACCAGUCAUCGUCCACGACAACAUCAGAUUAUCUUGUGUCCCCUGACAUCACCUCUGGCGGCGGCAUGAUGGGGUUACCUGAUUAUGGGGAUGUUUUCUCUGGGGUCGUUGAUGAUGUCUUGCAUCAAUUUGAGUUCUGAUUGUAGAUGAUUUUUAUUUGUAAAUUAGAUUAACUAAGCCCUUCUGUUGUAUUUGUAGAAAUUAGACCUGUUCGGUUUCGUCUAAAAGUUGUAAACUACUACCGGGGAAGCAUGUAAGCCAUUUCCAUUGGCCUAAUUAGCUUGGGAUUAUAAAAUCUUGGCAUGAAAAUCAGGUGCCUUUAAUAUCG